AUACUUCACGCGAGCCAUGAGUGGGUCAGGGGCCCUUCUCCUCCAAGCCCGUUGCAACCUUUUUCUCUACCCACGCUAAACGCAUACGAACAAAGAAGACGCCGGCGCCCUUCCUCCGUCCAACCGCCGACCGCCUCUGCUCUCGCCUACAUCUGACGUUCGCCAUCCGCCGCAUUCACCGCCGCACCGCUUAGCAGCCCAGCCACCGCGCGACUCCUCCGCCGCCGAGCGUCCAUCGUCGCCACGCUACCGCCGGAGCUCCGACUGAUUUCAAAUUUUUAUUUGAUAUUACCUAGAGGUAUCUCUAAGGAACAUGGAGAAAGCUACAAUUGAUUCUGCCUGUGAUGUCGAGGAAGAAUAUGUAUUGCUUGACCUUGGUGAUGUAUCGCUGCUUGACAUUCCACCCAAUGCUCCAUAUGUUCUAUCUGGUUUAGACACCAUGAAUCCAAUUUUGACCAUCUGCGACAAAAUUAAGAUGAUUGGAGAAUAUGAAGAAACCAUAGGCACGUGUCUUACCUUCGCAGAAGAGGAAGUCCCUGUGGUUGAAGAAGAAGCUGAGCCAUCUGAAUCAAAUCGUCGCUCGAGAGAAGCAGCUGAACCAAAACAAGCUCCCAGAAAGGAGUUAAAGCCUGUUGCAUCUGUACAUAAGAUCCUUAAAUUUAAGUUACUUGAUUCUGCUGUUCCAAACUCAAUAUCUUAGUACACUUAAGAGACUAAUGUUAUUAUAUAUUUGUAUAUAUUACUUUAGCAUGCUUCUGUUCUGAAUACCUCUAGAAAAAUGUAAAUAUCAAGAACUUGUGGAUUGAGUUAUAAGUUUUAUCUAUAGUUAGCUGCAUUGAACAGAUAAUCUAAGAAUUUAGAAGAGCCCUUGUGAGAGGGUGUUUGGCCC